UGCGCGCCGGAGAAGCGCAUGGUGGAGCCCCGGCGCUCCCUGGGAAGCGGUCCUCCGGCUGCAUGUUAUCGCCGUUUUACCCUCCCGCACUAACGUGCUUUCUGUCCGCCACUUUUACUUGUGUUAAUUACUCUGUCACGUCAAUGAGAGAGCUUGGUCGCUAAGUCAGUGACUUCUCGGACCCGUACGCCGUCUGUAGCGCAGCCGAGGCGGCGGUGAGUCUUCUGCGGCAGGAGCAAGGGGGGUGGUGCAGGGACAACGAUACCCUCUUCUUUCCGAGGAGAAAACUAUAUGUGAAUUUCUAACACUUAUGUUUUAUUUACUGCCGAUGAUUUAAGGGAGAAUUAGAGUAACUGAGUCGUAUCGGAAGAGGAAUGGUCUACUGAACCCCACUGGACCUAAGAGACCGAUAUAUUUCAAUAUCUUCAUAUGUUUGGAUGCGGAUAUUUAACAGGGGCGACGUGUUUUAAAGCUGUCUUUAAAUGGAUUCCUCUAAUUUUAAGAAAUUAAACUGAAACAGUCGCUGCGAUUGACCGAGAUAAGCGUUUGUUGCGAUAGUCGCUGCACGACAGUAUGACGGGGUGACGGUGCGAGCGGCGCCCGGAAAAUGAGGUGACAUUUUUUCACAUUCCGUUUGCUUGCAAUUCGUCCGAUAUACCGAAAUAAUAAAAAAUACAAGAAAAUCAAGAAAGGCUGAAUUAAGGAGACAGGGAGCCUCAAAGCAAGGCAACAAAGUGGGGAAACUGAUGCUGAAGAGCCAGGAGGCCGUGACAGGGGGAGCCCCAGCCCAGGACCCAUGAGCCCUGUGGAAGAUGCACACUGCCUGGGCGCCUCUGCUCUUCCUGGCCGCGUGCAUGAGGAGCAGCACCUCCAGCCCUCUCUCCUUCCGCAUUGCCGCCAUCCUCGACGACCCGAUGGAGUGCAGCCGGGGGGAGAGGCUGGCCAUCACCCUGGCCAAGGACAGCAUCAACCGGGCCAGCAACCGCUCCACUGUGGGCAAGCUGGAGGUGGACAUCUUUGAGCUGCUGAGGGACAGCGAGUACGAGAUGGGGGAGACCAUGUGCCAGAUACUCUCCAAGGGAGUGGUUGCUGUCCUGGGCCCCUCCGGAAGCCCCGCCUCCAACUCCAUCAUCAGCAACAUCUGCGGGGAGAAGGAGGUGCCCUACGUGAAGGUGGCCCCCGAGGACAUGCUGAAGGUCCGCUUUCCCCGCUUCACCACUCUGGACAUGCGGCCCACAAACACGGACGUCAGCCUGGCUGUGGCCGACCUCCUGGGCUUCUUCAACAGUUCCACGGCUUGCCUCGUCUGCGGCUGCGCUGACUGCCUGUUGAACCUGGAGAGGUUACUCCGCCAUUUUCUCAUCUCCAGAGAGACUCUUUCGGUGCGCAUGCUGGAUGACAACGAGGACCCUACAUCUCUCCUCAAGGAAAUCCGUGACGAUAAGACCGCCACCAUCAUCGUGGAUGCCAAUGCCACCAUGUCUCACAUCAUCCUGGAUAGGGCCUCACGGCUCGGGAUGCUCUCUGUGCACUACACCUACAUCUUCACCUCGCUGGAGUUCUCUCUGCUGCGAUUGGACGAGGUGGCAGACCAGCACGUCACCAUCGUGGGCUUCUCCGUGUUCAACCGCUCGCACCCACGCUUUCAGGACUUCCUCGUCAGCCUGCACCGCUCCUGGCAGGAGAACUGCGACCACGCCCCUUUCGCUGGGGUGCCGGUAGAAUUGGAAGGUCUAACUGGCCACAUCGAGUUCAACAGCAGGGGGCAGCGGUCCAAUUACGCCCUUCGCAUCAUGCAGAGCAGCAAGGAGGGGCUAAGGCAGAUUGGCCAGUGGCACUCGGACCAGGGCUUGUCCAUGGUGAGGAGGCUGUCGUCGCCCAACGUGACGGACGCUCUGUUCAACACAACACUCGUCAUCACCACGAUCCUGGAGAAUCCCUAUGUGAUGCUGAGACAAAACCACCAGGACCUGCAGGGUAAUGACCGCUAUGAGGGCUUCUGCGUGGACAUGCUGAGGGAGUUGGCCCACAUCCUCAAAUUCAACUACCGCAUCCGGCUGGUGGACGACGGCGUCUACGGCGUUCCGGGGGCCAACGGCACCUGGACGGGCAUGGUGGGCGAGCUCAUGUCCAGGAAAGCCGACCUGGCCGUGGCAGGGCUGACCAUCACCGCUGAGAGGGAGAAGGUCAUCGACUUCUCCAAGCCCUUCAUGACCUUGGGCAUCAGCAUCCUGUACCGGGUGCAUCUGGGCCGCAGACCUGGCUAUUUCUCCUUCCUGGACCCCUUCUCCCCAGGAGUGUGGCUUUUCAUGCUGCUUGCUUACCUGGCUGUCAGCUGCGUUCUCUUCUUAGUCGCCAGGUUAACGCCAUAUGAGUGGUACAAUCCCGACCCCUACCAGAGGGGGCGCUGCAGCCUUGUCAUCAAUCAGUACUCCCUGGGAAACAGUUUCUGGUUUCCUGUAGGGGGUUUUAUGCAGCAGGGGUCCACCAUCGCCCCCCGUGCUCUGUCUACGCGCUGCGUCAGCGGGGUCUGGUGGGCCUUCACCCUCAUCAUCAUCUCUUCCUACACGGCCAACCUGGCCGCCUUCCUCACCGUGCAGAGGAUGGAGGUGCCCAUCGAGUCUGUGGACGACCUGGCCGACCAGACCGCCAUCGAGUACGGCACUAUGUAUGGGGGCUCAACCAUGACCUUCUUUCAGAAUUCGCGCUACCAGACAUACCAGCGCAUGUGGAACUUCAUGCACACCAAACAGCCCAGUGUCUUCGUGAAGAGCACAGAAGAGGGCAUCGCCCGUGUCCUCAAAUCCAACUACGCCUUUCUGCUGGAGAGCACCAUGAACGAGUACCACCGGCAGCGAGACUGCAACCUCACGCAGAUCGGCGGCCUGCUGGACACCAAGGGCUACGGCAUCGGCAUGCCUGCUGGUUCACUCUACAGGGACGAGCUGGACCUCGCCAUCCUCAGGCUUCAGGAAGAUAAUCGGCUAGAGAUCCUGAAGAGGAAGUGGUGGGAAGGGGGCAAGUGUCCCAAAGAUGGUGACCACCGGGCCAAAGGUCUGGGUAUGGAGAACAUUGGGGGUAUCUUCGUGGUGCUGGUGUGUGGCCUACUGGCAGCCGUCCUCAUAGCUGUGCUGGAGUUUGCCUGGAUGCUGCGUCGAACACCCAGCACUGAGUCAGCGUGCGAGGAAAUGCUGCGUGAGCUCCAGGGGAUCCUCCUCUGCCAGGACAGCCUUCAGCACCGCCGUCGUCGGGUGCCUGGGGGGCAAAACCCCCGCCGGGCAUCCCUGGAGGAGCGCCGUGCCCGGGCGACUGCUGCCAGCCUCAGCAAUGGCAAGCUGUGUGGGGGGGUGGGCCUGGGCGGGGCCACGGCCGAGGGUCCUCCCCCAAGGCUGCCGCAAGAAGUUGCCCUGGUGACACAGAGCUGCAGCCACGUGCACGUGUGCCCUGAGUGCCGCCGCUUUCAGGCUCCUCGUCCCCGGGACUCCCCGGUCCCCGGUGAGGAGGCUGCCGAGUGGGACAAGAGCGCCCCUAGUGGACCUGAGUAAAUGCUGGAUGACCGGGGCCCGUCUGGCCCAGGGGAGAGGCCAUCGCCAGGGGCAACAUGGCACUAAACCACACCGGCCAUCGAGUCUCUGUGGAAACCGCAGACGGACGUCCUUCUAUGAAGUCUCCUCCUCCUCUGCCAGUGGACCAGUUCCUCUUCCACAGUGUCGUUUUUGGCGUCAGCGUCGUCAUUCUCAUCACUGCUACAAGCAGCCUUCAGAUUGGCCACGUGGAAAGAGCUGUUUUUAAUACCUUUUAUUGUAAAAUCCCAGCAGAACGUUCUGUAAAAGCGUCUUAAACUUUUUCAGAGUGACCCGGGGUGGGUGGGUGGGGCCCAUUGCAGUACAGCGUCCAAUCAGACGCACCCUCCCACAGCCUAUUGUUCCAGUUUGUCCUCUCAACAGUUUCCUCAUCUCCAUUUUUUUUUGUGUCAUAGUUCUCUGCCCCCCCACUUCAUGUCAGACCGCCGGGCACUCCCUCAUUGACAAGGUGACGAACCGCGGACAAGGCGGAAGAGACUGGGCUGCCCCUCCCCACCCCCACAGGUAAACAUGUCAUCCUUCCAUCCACUUCCUCCCCCCCAUCAGAUCUGUUACUAAGAGGCCAGGGGGCUGAGGAUGUGAGCUGUGUGUCUGCACAGUCAGCUACAGUAAGGGCAAAACCAGCCUUCUUGAACAGGAACGUCCAUGAGGCAAUCUCAGCAGAACCUUCCAGUGAAGGACUGCCAUCUAAAUAGUUUGCGGCAGAUUAUGCAGCACUGACAGACCUACCGACAACGCCACAGACAGAGCCUCUCCAUAUGGCACUAUGGGCGCUGCCCUCCUGGUUGAGAACAUUGCAUUUAAAUGACGAAUCGGCAGCAGGUGGCCACGUCCCUGCCUGUUAAAAACUUCAUUAUAAAUGCUAAUGGAUGUCUCCCUCCUACCCUUCUGACAUCUGUAAUAAUGUCGGGACAGGUUAUUUACCCCAGAUUACAUGUUAAAGUGAUUUAUUUCUGUUCAAGGCGCUACUACAGUGGGGGCGAGAUGGAAAUGGGCGAGUUGAGUAUAAUGUUAUUUCAGAAGGAAGACAGCAGUAAAUAAGGUGGCUUUUCAUCAGGCUGGGAGCUGUCGUCCAUGGGACCCAGGUUCUGAUGUAUGACUGUAUCAACGGAGACGCCCUCAGUCACGGCCGUCAUCUCAGUUUCCGGCUGCUGUAACUGUCUGGCCAGUGGGUUUGAUGCAGUGGCAUUGGACCCCUGGUGCUGCCAACAGUGUGUGUGUGUGUGUGUGUGUGUGUGUGUGUGUGUGUGGGUGGGUCCCAUUCAGGCCAAAUGGACUCCUGGUCUUCAGGUUGCCAUUCACCCUCUAAUGGCAGCGUUGUUAAUUAACAGGCUCGUUAACUAGCUCUCUCGGGGGAGUUCCACAUUGGGUUCUUUAGUUCGGAUAAUAUGACAGAGGUGAAGAAAGCGAAGAUGCAGGCUGGUUGUCCAUCAGCCUUCAGGCAUACACUCAAAGUGUGUGGAGCUUUCCUGUUCCUCCCCUACUCCUACCUACUGGGCAGAAUUUGGCUGCUGAUUUUUAUAUGAUUUAUUUUCCUAUGUUGUCAUUUUUAUUCCACUCUAAUAUAUUGUUUGAAAACAGUCCA